ACUUUCAUUCGAUUCGUCACAAAAAAAAGGAAGUAACAUGGAAAUUCUGAAAGGAUCCAUUACAUAAAUAUCGAUAUUAUUAUCAUAAAAGGACACACGUAUAUAUAUAUUAUUAUUAUUAUUCAUACAAUAGCGUACAUUAUAAAGAACACAUUACAUAAAGUAGUAGAUGCAGCUGUUUAAAAUAAACACUCAGAUUAAUUUCGGAGAAGCGUUAUGCGACGAUAAACAGGGCGACGAAGCGAAACAACAGAAAUGGGAAUGUAUGCAAAACAAGAUGCCUCCAGAGAUAUCGGGACCGGUAAGUGCGUGUCAGCAACAAUUAGCCGGCGGUCAAGCCGUAACCGAUUAUAUAAACACCUUAUGCCAGAAUAAAGAUAAAAUAAAAGAGCUGCUUUCUUGUAUUGUGGAGCAAUUGGUCAACGGUAAUCCUAUAACAAAAGAAGCUUUAAAGAGUUCGGCCGAUAGUAUUAAGGAAUGUUUAUCUUCCGAGUAA